AUGAUGGCUUUCGGACCGGGUCCCACGGCUUUUAUACUCGUCACGGAAUCGUAUUGUAACGCGAUCGCCGAGGUUGUUCGACGUCUUGAGCAGCUCCCGAAAACAUUGGAUUUGUCGAAUUUAUUGAUUGAUGAGAAUUCGUUCGAUACAGUCACCACCGCCAUCAGCAACUCAUCGCCGUCAUCAGUGGAAUCUGUGAAUUUGUCGAGAUGCCGUUUAUCUAUCGAUAAUGAGAACCAUUUGGCUAAUUUGAUUGCAAAAGCUAGCAGUUUGAAAUUGAGAGCAACUCAUUCGAUGACCGGAUUUCAGGCGCUAUUUAAGGAAAUUUCAUCUCUAAAAAUUCUCGAGAUAAGUGCUUGCGAGUUUUCUCAACAUUCGGACCUCGCCGCGAUUCUCAAGAAAUGCCCGAACUUGGAGAAUCUUGAAUUGGCGGCGAUUAAAAUGAAACCGACAACACCAUCCCCAAUUCCUUCAGCUUUUGCCGAUUUCCGUUGCCUCACAUUUUUGGAUAUUUCACACUGCUCCUCAUGGACAUCGGAACAGGAUUUGAGCGAGAUUUUUGAAAAUUGUCCCAAUGUUGCUAAACUUGCUUUGAACGAUGUCAAAAGCGCAGUUUCAUUCGAUCCAUUUUGGUUUCCCAAACUAUCGGAAUUCGUUGCGAGACGCUCCGAUCUCGAAUGGUGCAGCCUUUUCGCAUUUUUUACAUCUUCGCAAUUGAAGAAAAUUGAUUUACGAGCUUCGACGGUUCCCGAAAAUGUGGUACGAGAGUUUCGGGAAGAAUCGAGGCAUGCUGAACUACUAUCAUAA